AUGUCUUCAAACAAAAGUUUACAUCAAGAAUAUGUUCGGAAAAUUUUGGUCAAAAUAUCGGGAAAUGUUGACUAUGAGAGACAUUUUCUUAAUAUAUUACAACAUUUACUUGAUAUCGAUUAUAAUGUCAAUGAUUUACCAGCAAUUGUUUGGGAUUGUGUUGAAGCACUUAUUAACAGUGCUGUCACUUCAAUCAAAUGCAAAGAUGAUGCCCAACGGCUCUUACGAUUACUUCAUAUAAAGAAAUCAUUAGACAAUAAUAGAGUUGAAUCAAACAACGUUGUAUCGGCUGUUCCACCGCCACCACCACCUCCUCCACCCCCUCCCCCGAUAAACCAAUUUCAAUUAAUACCAGUGCCACCACCACUACCACCUCCUCCGUUACCAAUAUCACAAACAUCCACUUCAUCGUUAUCUACUUCAUCGGUUAAUACCUCAGAUGUAACAUUACUUUCAUGUAAAAACAUAAGCAAAACAAAUAAUAAUGAAAUUUCAAAACAAACAUCUUUACUAAGAUCUAAAAACUGGAAAAAUGAAUCAAAUUGUGAUGAAUCAGAAGAAAAUGGCCGAAAAUUGCCACAACAAGAAAUCCCAAAACCAAAAUCCAAAAUGAAAUCAAUUAAUUGGUCUAAAAUUCCAUCACUAAAAGUAAUUUCAUCCGAGAAACCAAAUCUAUGGAGUCUUGUGGCGGAAAACCACGAAUCAGACUCACCUAAUAAUCUUGAUUUUAAUGAACUCGAAGAGUUGUUUUGUCAGCCGAUCAACAAUUCUGCUCCCAAUUCACGUCACGGCUCACCUCAUCUGCAAAGAAGACGUCCGCACUCUUCAGAAAUCGUUGGCUCGCCUUUUAAUAGUCUCGAACGUAAAGGUAUUAAACGGCUUAGCGGUGAAUAUCAAAUGCCAGCGGAGUUACAGUUAUUAGACAACAAAAAGACAUUAAAUGUCAACAUUUUUCUUAAACAAUGUCGAGGCAGUACUGAUGAUCUAAUUAAUAAAAUUUCUUAUGGAAAUCAUGAAGAAUUGGGAACAGAAAAGCUAAAGAAUUUGCUUAAAAUACUUCCCGAAGCAAAUGAAACUGAUUUGCUUAAGAAUAAUGAAACUGAUUUACAUCGCUUACCAAUUGCUGAAAAAUUUUUAUUAAAAUUAAUACAAAUACCAAAUUAUAAAUUGAAAAUUGAAGGAAUGCUUCUAAAAGAGGAAUUCCAUUCAAAUAUGACUUACUUGGAACCGGCCGUUAAAGCCAUACGAAAUGCGGCUCAAGAAAUCAAAGACAACAAAGCACUUCACGAAGUCUUGUAUUUGAUAUUAGUUUUUGGAAAUUUCUUAAAUUCGGGGGGUUAUGCUGGAAAUGCUGCCGGAUUUAAGAUGAUGUCUUUACUUAAAUUACCAGAAAUCAGAGCAAAUAAGCCGGGAAUCAAUUUAAUACAUUAUGUGGCAAUGCAAGCAGAGAAAAAAGGCAUAAAUAAUUUAAUUGAUGUGAUGCCCAGUCUAGAGGAGGCUUCAAAGAUUUCUAUUGAAAAUCUUUGUACUGAAGCCAAUACAUUAUUAGACAAAAUUAAAAAACUUAAAGAGUAUAUCAAUAAACCAGAAGUUGAUUCAGUUUUUCACAAAGAAAUGGUUUCAUUUCUUAAGAAAAGUGAAAAAGAAAUUAAGAAAUUGUCACAAAUUAUUGAAUCACAAUUGAAAUCAAUUCGUAUAGAAAUGGCUGAGUUCUUGUGCGAAGAUUUAGAUAAUUUCAAACUCGAAGAAUGCUUCAAAAUAUUUUUAUCGUUUUGCCAAAGAUUUAAAUUAGCCAUCGAUGAGAAUGAAAGACGACGUGAGAAUGAACUGAAACUUGAGGCACGAAAAUCUAAUUCACAUUUAAGACGUCUACAAAAUAAUGUCGAUUCUGAUAUAUCAUCGACAGAAAACAGUUUAACGCCAUCGACUUCAAGCAAUUGUUUAACAAGUUUGACAACUAAUGACAAUAAAUUAAAACACAGAUCGCGAAGAUUUUCACAAGAAGACGAAUUACAUAACGGACUCAUGGAGUUCCUGACAGCCAGUGAUGUCGGAAGUACUGAUUUGCCUAUAUUUGGUGGUAGUUUAAGACGGGUUGGUAGCGGAAGAAGAAUUCGUUCAGCGAUUCCCAUUUCAGAUCUUAACUUAAACAGUAGAGAUAGAAAUGUCAAUGAUUUUAAAAGUAGAGAAACUAUUAAUGAAUUAGAAAUUGAAAAUUCAUGUAAAGAUAAAACUAAAUUGAAAAACAAUAGUUUUAUUAAAAAAAGUUGUUAUUUAUCAGAUGGAGAAUCUGAUGACGAAACCAACAAAAAGAAAUCUUUUGACAGAUUUUCUCCUUUAAGAAAAACAUUAAGUUGUAAACCAUCAGAAUUGGAGACACGGCUUGCAAAGCGUUUAACUAAAUUAGAUGAAAAUCAAAAUAUUAUAAACAAUAUUAACGAUAAAGAAAUAGUAAAUUCAGAAAUAAUAAAAACAAAACAAACAAAGAGUGGAGAUAUUAGUGAAAAUCAAAACCGAAUCGUUAGUCCUAUUGAAUUGAAAAACUAUUGGACACUCAAAGAAAAUAAUAUUAAAGAUUUCAAUACAAGUAUAGUCCGUCCGUCAACACUUCAAGUGACAAAUCCAUACAAUAGUCAACAGCCGACAGCUAUCAUAACGCCUACAAAAGUGGUCAGAAAUGAUAUAAUUGAAAAUUCGACGUUUCAAACGCCUGUAAUUGUCAUUGAAAAUGAACGCAUCAACCGAUCCGGAUGUCUGCCUCGUCGCACAAGUAUAUCAUCGCCAUCCACUGCAACUGCAGCUGCAAUAGUCACACCCAUACAAAUCAAUGAGAAACCGAUUGAAGAAAAACCUGUUUCAUCAACAACUUUGAGAUCAAAGCUUCCGAUAAGAAAAGCUCCAAUAACUUCAUUACCACUUCACGAUAAAAAUGUAUUAAAUGAGAUGAAACCAAAAGUUGGUAUUCCAGUGUCUAUUCAAGUGUCUACCCGAUCACCAAUUAAUCGAUACACAACUAUCAGUAGUAAUCGGACAAUAAGUCAGAAUCCAAAUAUGAGGACCUAUCGGACGCCAUCAACAGUGAGCCGAACAAACAUGACAUCAGAUGUCGGAUCUUUAACUUCAAUGAGGCGAUCGUCACAACUCUUGUCUCCGAACCGAUCAUUUAUGAAACAAACGUCCUCUUCGGCUGCCAAAAGUCGAUCAGUUGCUAAAUAUUAA